AAGAACAUCCGUGCAAAAUUGUAGCUCAAAAUGGUCAAAUUUAAAUACCUACACAUGGUUUAUACUAUAUAGUAUGUUGUUUAUCUACAUAUGUACAUUGCAAUGUGUAGAAAGCGUAGAGCGGGCGUAAUAACAGUAAGCAUAUUCCGAUUUUAAAAUUGAUAUCUAGGUUUGAUAUUAGUCUCAGUGUGUCUCUUGCUCAUGCCAAUGCCAGUAAAUAAAUGUGAGUGUGUGAUAUUCAUAUCAAAUUAAGAACAUUAUUUUUAAUUGGAAUCUGUCUCCGGUCGCUAAGAUAAAAAAAACACACGACUAAGCUCACCUUGCCGGUCGAACGUAACAAGUUUUAACGAAGAAAUAAGUUAAAAAAUCUGCCCUAUACAGGUUUCCAGUUGUGUAUCAGUCGUUAAUAUAUAAGGUCAAAUUGUGACAAAAUAGUAAUUAAGCACUUGAUACCAAUAUAAACAUUUUCAUGACUUAACUUAUCAUAACGAAUUUACACUAAUUGUUGUUUUUAAAUUUUUAAUUCUGUGUUGUGUUAAAUUAAUGAUAUCAUAUCUAUUUGUGCUAGUGAAGUGUAAAUAGCUACACGAAACUGUAGAAAUGUGAAUAAAAUGGACUAAAAUAUGACUUAGAGGUAAAAUCUAUUUAUACUACUUUUUUUUCUCUAACGCCAAUGUUAUUUGAACUCUGGCAUGUGGCAUUUGAUAAAAAUAGCAUUAACAUAACCCAUACAAUAAAAAAAACUUUAGAAUAAAUUAAAAUCGGCGGUUUCAAGGAUGCUUUUGGAAGUCUCGAUGUGAUACUGUAAUUAUGAGCAAGAACGAGUUUGCUAGAUCCUCCUCGCCUCUUGAUCGCUCUCAGUAGUGAUUCGUGUUUAUAAACAAACAGACCUUAGACAACUAAAAUCAAUAUUGUGAAAAAGUUAUUAGAUUUAAUUCUAAAACAUGAAGAACAGUGAACUAGAAUUACGUCCAACGGAUAUCAUAAAUGGAAGUGAACCUAAAAGAAAUGGGAAUAGUGAAACGAACAGAUCUUGGCUGGGUAAAAUACGCGCCGCAAUCGCCUUCCUCACCAUAGAACCUUUCUUACUUUGCUACAUCUUGCCAAACUCCAUAUCCAGCAUAGCUGUUCAGAGACUGAACUUGGAAAAAGCUUGCCGCGUUGAUCUUGGCCAUACUAAGGAGAAAUGCGACGAGUGGGAUGGAAAUAUAACCAUUGCAAUCCAGUCUAUGGUAGCUGAUAUGACGACAUGGCAAGUACCUUUAACUAGUGCUAUCCCAGCGAUUGUCAUAUUGUUUGUUGGAGCGUGGAGUGACCGCACCGGGAUCAGAAAAGCACUAAUGUUAAUACCGAUAUUUGGUGAAUUGGUGUCAGCAUUUGGUUUAGUUUUAACGACUCAUUACUUCGAAGAGUGGCCGCUUUUUGUCACAGCACUGAUAGAAUCGCUGCCAACAGCAUUUUCGGGUGGAUUUUCUAUCGCUCUAAUGGGUUCCUAUAGUUACCUUGCCGACGUCACGUCUGUGGAGUCACGUACCUUUAGAAUUGGGAUCGCGGCUGUUAUAGUGACCCUGGGAGCACCAGCGGCAAUCUCUAUUAGCGGAGUGCUGUUGGACGCAAUUGGUUAUUACGGCAUCUUUGGACUAACAACGACUUUGUAUGCAUUCGGGCUGCUGUACACUUAUUUUAGGAUUCAUGACGUAAAUCCUAAGAAAACUGAAGGCACUUGGUAUCAGAAGUUGAUAAUUUUCUUUCACCCGAGGAACGCAUGGGACACGCUUUAUAUCGUCUUCAAAAAGGGUCCCAACAGAUCGAAAAUUAUUCUUGUCCUUUUAGCACAUGUUGUUAUAAUUGGACCUGUAUUUGGUGAAGGAGCUAUGCUGUACCAGUACCUGUUGUUUAAAUAUAGCAUGGACGACGUCGAAAUAAGUCUGUUCUUCACUUUCUCCAUCCUUGUCGGCUUAUGCGGCACAGCAGUAGCGGUGACGCUAUUCAGCAAAUUCAUGAAAAUGCACGACGCUAUCUUGGGCGUCAUAGCGACGACAUGCAAGGUCAUGUCAAGCGUCGUGUACGCACUCGCCCCAACCAGGCCUUGGUUCUACUCCGGGCCUGCUUUUGACUUCUUUGGUGGUACGGGAGUGACUGCUAUCAGGUCGCUGGGGACGAAGGUCGUCGCGCCAGAAGAAGUUGCUAAAAUGUGCUCUCUAAUUGGUCUGGUGGAAGCAAUAACGCCGGUGAUCUACACGCCCAUGUACAGCCAAAUGUACAAAGCUACUUUAGAGACGCUGCCCGGAGCUUUCUACUUGCUAGGAGGCGCUAUGACUGUUCCAGCGUUCUUUAUAUUCAUAACUCUUUACGUGUUAUACAAGAAAGAAGAAAGGGACAAAGUAAAAAACCCCGAAAGCAAGGAGAGAUAUGCCCACGAAAAUGAUGUCACUGCCUUCUGAUUCUGAUGAAAUAAAGAUUCAGAUAGAGUAAACUUAUAUUUGCGAGCAUACAUUAUAUGAGCGCAAAUUAUUACCGCAACAUGGUAUAAAUACAUAUACAACUUUUGAUAUAGGUAGAUGAAAUAAAGUAGGGUUAUUUAGACCGAGUCGUUUCGGAUCACAGGGUGAACUGGAUGAAACUAAAAAAAAUAGUUUCGUGGUAAGAGGAGAGACAUAACAUGCAAGUUUAGUACACUCAUAUCAAUGGAAUAUUUCAAAUUGGAUUCAACGGAUUUUUUUCUAGUUCCGAUUCCUCCUGUAAGCUUUAUUUUGGUGGUUCUAUUUCCACCACAAUUUAACGGAAAUCGCCUUAUUCUGAAAAUAUAUUUUUAAACUACUAACUUUACCUAAUUUUAGAUACCUACUCAAACUUAUUGUUAUAGAUUACUAGAUGGUUCUUACUAUCGUAGACUUAAGAGACUGGUAAAAUUGCCAUAAAUAACAAGAGUCAAGGGACAACCCAACCCGGGUUAAUUUGUUGAAAUUGUAUCCUAUUUUCAUUGACUUUGUACCUUAGCAUCUAAUUUUUUUAUUAAUAUAGCUCGGCGAAGGGUCUCUGACACAGGAAUAUAGGUAGAGAAAACCAUAUUUUUUCUCAUGUUAGUAUGUUACCAACCCGAAAAAGGGCUGAGUCAAGUAAGAAUAGCAACUUUAUAAUAGUGUUACUAACACGGUAGGUCAGACAUUCAAACGCCGAUCGAGAGAUUUUUUGUUGCAUAGACCGUUGUAUUCUGUAAGUGAAUUUAUGAACGAUGUAUAGAUUUUGACGAUCCUCUACAGGAGAUACUAUCUUGAUAUUAUUUUAAAAUCCUAGUAUCCUGUAAUUAUUUAAUUUUUGAAUUGAUAUUUUAUUGAUUAUGUUUUUGUAUAUCCGUUUUGACGAUCAUAAUAUGAAUGACCCCCACGUGACCGCCACAAUACGUGAGGCGGGCGUAAAUGGGAAUGAUUUACAUGAAGUGCAUAUUCCCAUCUGUACCCCCCGGGGACAAAUGGGAAUACAUCCCUUAUGUGCAUUAAAAUGAACGGCCUGUUUCUAACGGAAUGCACGUCAGUCACCGAAAGUCACUCAUUUUAUAACGGAAGCUUCAGCAGCCUGUAUCUGUCAAUUUUGCUGCUGCAGUUGAAAGCCGCACGUCACAAUUAGUACCUGUAAAAAUACUGACAUAUCUAAUAAGUCUAAAGCUGUUAUGAAUCAACGACUGAGUGAUAAAACGGGAAUCACUCUUAAAAUAGUAAUAAACAUACAUACAUAUAAUCACGCCUAUUUCGCGGCAUCCUGACAUACCGCUUGCGUUUCCUUCACUUUCAUAAACAUUCUUCAUACACGCUCGGCGAUUUAAGGGUGACUCACGCUAGACCGGGCCAGGGCCGGGGCGGAGCUUUCGGCGCUACGUUUUCUAUAAAAAGCACCACGUGAUCACAUCUCAGCCGUGACAGAUAAUUCCGUGUCAGACGCCCCGGCCGGCCCGGCCCUGGCCCGAUCUAGUGUAAAUCAUCCUUUGGUUUGGGGUGCUCUUGCCCUGCCCUUUCUUUAGAAAUUCCCCGAUUUUAUCAGAGAAAGUCCCCCGAGGACUACCCCUUCCAGCUCCCUCUUCUACUUAUCCCUUAUACUUCCUCUUUGUUAGCCUUCUAUCACUCAUUCUAUCCACGUAUCCAAACUAAUUCAACAUACCUUCCUCAAUUUUUGUUACUAUAUUAUCUUCUUUUGGUCUACACUUUUCCCUAGUUAUAAACAUGUCAUAAUUAUGUAAAUUAAAAAUUAAUAAAUUAUAAUUUUUACUCGAAAGCUGUUGUUUUAUUUUCUUUCAAACAAUACAUACUAAAUCUGCUUUAAAUCAUCAUAUUGAAAUAUUUUCCAUAAAAUCGAGAUAGAAAUUGCGAGACCAGUUAGACUCUUUGACUCUUUUAAGGAAUUGCCAGACACUGCAUCGUAUCUGGAUGACUAAAAAAAGUGGGGGGAAGGCCAUUGCCCAGAAGUGGGACACCAUAGGCAUCCAAUAAUAAUAAAUAGUAAUCAAGUCUCACAUCGUGCUGAUAGAUCAAUCGCAACGCCAGGCCGUGCUCGUCACCAUCCCCCAUGAUGAAAAUCUCGUGAAAGCCGAGAAGGACAAGUCCAGUAAGUACCUAGACUUCGCUCCCGACCGAACCGCCUUGUUG